UGUUCAUCUAUUCGUGUGACAUGUGUCUUCCACGUUAACUAUUACGCAAAUCCCACGUUUACUAAACUUACCCAUUUCUUCUCCCUGAUUAUCUUCAAACCGUAAAUACAUCUCUUCUAUUAUAUUCAAUCCUAAAUAUCCUAAGUUGGGUUUUGAUUCUAAGUUCUAUAAAACCCUAAAACUGUUCUAAGCGAUUGAAGAUUUGUAUUGUUUGAUAGCAAUUGAAGAUACCAGCAACUUUCAUUAUCAAUGAGUUUUACAAUCUCAAAUUGCGACCCAUCAAUUGAAGGGAAAAAGAGUGGUGAACAUCAUGAAAUGGAGAAAUUAGAGGAAUUUGAAGAAGGGUUUGAGUCUUCUAGAGUUUCUUCAUUGGAUCAAGGAGCAGUUGAUGAUGAUCAUGAUCAUGAACAUGAUCAAUCACCCACGAUAAAUUCGACACUCAGUGGUCGUUCAUUUGCGUGCUAUAGAACUAACUCGGCGACUUCAGCUUUCUCUAAGCAGUUAACGGAUGAUCUUAACAGUUGUUCGUCAGAGACGCAGUCUCCGGUAUGCUGGUCGGCUGCCGGGAGAUCCCCUUACCGGCCCGCCCUGUCAAGAUUUGGAGUAAAGAAACCGACUCACACGUUUGAAACCGAAGAAGAUAAGCUUGAGAGUCAUGAACGUAUGGAUUUGGAGCUCGAAAUAAUGAAAGAAAGAUUCGCAAAACUUUUAUUGGGAGAAGACAUGUCUGGCAGCGGCAAAGGAGUUUCUACUGCAGGUUACUGUUUCUAAUGCCAUCACAAAUCUUUACGGGUUGUCUUUGGCUAUAUCUGUGGUUUGAUGAUAGCAACUUGGUGCAAUUCAGAAUAUAAAACCUUUUCGUUUUUAUAACGUUAAGUUUCAUUCAGAGUGUUCAUUUAAACCUCUAGGGAUCAGGUAUUUACAAAACAUUACUUCAAAUAUCAUGAUUAGUGUUAGAUAUACUCGGUUAAAAGAUUUCCAAGUCGGCUAUUCUGUAUACAUUGAUAAAAGUGUUGUUCAAUGAUGUAAUUGUUAUGCACACAUUCUUCUUCCA